AUUACACACGGGAAUUUGAGCAAAGCUAGUAAUAGUAACAAUAGAUAUACCAGCAUGAAGCUCAACGCGGCUCUUCCCUCGCUGGUGGCCACCUUGCUCAUCGUCGCCACGCAGUCGGCGGCCGGCGGCGGCCAGCAGUUGACGGUCGGUUACUACAACGCCAAGAAAUGCGGCGGCGUGGAGCCCAUCGUGUCGGACGAAGUGUACAGGGCCCUCGCCGCCGACCGCAGCAAGGGCGCCGCCCUCAUCCGCUUGUUCUUCCAUGACUGCUGGGUCAAGGGCUGCGACGGAUCCGUGCUCCUGGACGCGUCACCAAGGAACCCUUACCCGGAGAAGGCGGCCGGCUCCAGCAUCGGCCUCCGUGGCUUCGACGUGAUCGACCGGAUCAAGUCCAGGCUCGAGUCCGUGUACCCCGGCGUGGUCUCCUGCGCCGACAUUCUCGCGUUCGCGGCCCGCGACGCGACCCGGUACCUCAGCGACGGGCACAUCGACUACGCCGUGCCGUCGGGCCGCCGCGACGGCGUCGUCUCGCGCGCCAAGGACGCCGACGACACGCUCCCGGGCUCCACCUUCUCCUUCGCCGACCUCAAGACGAACUUCGCCAAGAAGAAGUUCGACGCCGAGGAGCUCGUCGUGCUCUCCGGCGCGCACGCCAUCGGCUCCGCGCACUACCCGUCGUUCAGGGACCGCCUCGCCGCGCCCCGGGGCGAGAUCGACGCCAGGUACCAGACGGCCCUCCGGAACGCCGCCAGGAACAGGUCGAGGCUGGUGGCCAACAACAUCCGCGACGAGAGCUACGCCUUCAAGAAGGACGCCGGGUACCCGACGGCGCCCGUGAACGGCCGGAGGGACUACCUGAACAACACCUACUACCACAACGCCAUCGACAACAGGGUGCUCUUCAGGUCCGACUGGGCGCUGCGCACCGACGCGUUCGCCUUCGGCAAGCUGAAGGAGUACAGGGACAAGCCCAAGGAGUGGGACUCGGACUUCGCCGAAGCCAUGGUCAAGCUCAGCAAGCUGCCCGCCGAGGGCAAGGACUUCGAGAUCAGGAAGAACUGCAGCGCCAUCAACAACCCGAGCCGCUACUAGACGGACGGCUGGACGAACGUGCGCGCCAAUGCAACGCACGCAAGCUACCGGAAGCAAGGAGCGCCUGCAGGCCUUCAAUAAUUAAAUAAUACAGUAACUCGUUGAUUGUUUUUCGCAUGAUAUUCAUUUGAACGUCUGUAACAACAAUGUUUUUUCCUGUCUAGUGUUCCUUAACUAUCUGUAUGUUGGAUGAAUGUUUCUUACUAUUUCAUAAUACUUCGUUCUUAAAUAUUAAAUAUAUGACGUUUACACAA